AUGGCCGACGCCAAUGUCUUCCGCAUUGGAGAGUUCACCGCAGAAGUGCGGAUGCUCAACAACAAGCUCGCCGAGGCGAAAGCUGCAAACGAAUUCCUCCUCAACACCCUCACCUCGCGUGCCCAUGAGCAACUGGUCAAGGACCAGGAACACGAGAAGACUGUCCAGAAGUACCGCCAGCUGAAAGCCCAGCUCGGCAUCACUCGCCAGCGGUCCCCCUCCGCCCCCAAGAAAAGCGCACUGGCGCAGAAGAAAAAGCUCAGCAGCACGACCACAUCCAUCGCAGAGGACUCCACUGGCUUCCUCACAGAUGAUGACGGCGACGAAUUGCCCUUCCCUCGGCACGGCGGCAAGCUGCAGCGUCAGCAAAAGUCAGAAGAUGCACUCUUCGACAGCGUCGAUUCGCUCGUGGACCUCAGCGAGCACAAAGUGCUGGAGCCUGAGCCUGCGGUUCCGAAGAAGAUCGAGGAGCCCAAGCCAAAGGCUCCUGAGAUGCCACGGGAGAUCGGCUACGGUCUCGCCAGCCUCAGACAGGGCACACCACCCCCAGAGUGGGAGGAGCCUCAGUACAGCAGCAAUGGUGUGAAGCGUGCCAAUCUCCCAUCCAAUGGAGUGGUACAGCGUCUUGGCGGCUUCAACAUCACUCAGCCUAGUGGUGAGAUUCAACACGUGCCACUUCCAUUCUAUCAAGACGCACGCACCGCUCGACCCCCUCCCCGCGAGAUCGUUCCCCGCGAGAUCGUUCCCCGCGAGAACUACUUCACCGACGGUGAACACAAUCAUCUCUCAGGCCUUGCCACGUUCAUUGAGUCUGAAGACCCUGAGCUAUGGCCCUCUUGGGAACGCCACGCUGAGCAUUCCCCCCGACACACUGCACGUCAGUGGCAGGAGUACUACGAAGCGAAAGUCCGUCCAGCCUUUCUCAAGAGGAUGGAACAGCGAGCUGAGGCUGCUGCAAAAGUCUCUGCAGAUUUCAGCAUGGAGAACACUCCAGAUUCUUCGGAGACCAGCGCUUCAGUGGAGAGUCAGAUUGAUGGGGAGAAGAAGGACGUUCAAGCUCCUGAUGAGAGCGUUGAGACCGUGGAGGGUGCGGCGCCAAGCACCGUCACUGCGAUUCGUGAUGAGCAGUCUCCUGGGGUUGAGCCAGAAGUGAAGGCCCUGUCCCAGGAAUUCAAACCCGAGGACAAGACCGAUACUUCUCAAGCAGUGGCUGGAGCCUCGAAGCCAGCCAGCCCAACUGAGACUGCACUGGUAGAAUCAUCGCACGCCGCCACUGCCGAGACCUCAAGACUCUCCCAGGAGUAUGCUGGUCCCAACCCAGCUCAACAAUUGCCGCAUGUCAGAGCCACCAUGCAGGCCAAAGCUAUCGUUGAGUCUAUCCCGGGACUCUCUGGCUCCUCGCCGCCCGUCCGCUACCGACAGACCAGCACGUUUCAUCACGGCGGUACUGAAACAGAUGUUGUCGUCCGGAAGAUUGUUCCCCGCAGCUCCUUCCUGACGAAGAACAUCAUCCCUCCAACGAGCAAUGAUAAGUCUCCUCCCAAGUCUCGUUGGGCCCGUCUAGGUCAGGCGACAAGCGAAGCCAACUUAGGAGCUCCAGGUGGUAAUGAUGAUUUCUCCAUCGAAGACCUCUUCGCCAAGCCGAAGAGCUUCCACAGCGAUCCCCAGGCCUUCCGCUCCGUGGUCAUCACCAUCCCUACAGGAGUCGACCACUCCACGGCCCUGUCGAAGAUUCGGGUUCCAGGCUGCAAACUCUUCUCCUCAAUCUGUCUCAACACGUCACAGAUGAGACUCAGCCCUCCCACCACAAGCAACUCCCUCCUCGUCGUCUUCGUCACCGGAGACAUGGCGCAGAACUUCAUCAAGCAGCAGCUCAUCACCCCAAUCGAGCAUCUCUGCUCAACAUCUCAGACGCUGGUGAAGUCAACCACCACUCUGAUCCCCACAGCCACCAACCCCAUUCCCCGCGACAUCCAAAUUCCAAAGUGCUCUCGAGUCCUCUGGAUCCACUGUCCCGACGGCGUCGGCGCCCUCAAGAUCCCUCUCACAGCACAUGCCAUUUGGCAGUCUCUGGUACGCUGUGGAGUGGAAAGCUCCCACAGACCGAUGCACGGGUCGCAGGAUCCCUCGGAUGGCAAGGUUCUGUUGGAGUUUGCUAGCAUUGCCGUGGCUAAGAAGGCUCAUGACACUGUGAAGAGUUGCGAGUGGGAUUUACGUGUGGGGCUGAAAUCUGGCUAUGGAGAGGAUCCUUGUGGCAAGGUCGAUGAGGUUGCUGUGGAGUGA